AUUCGAAGCUUCAGGAAGCAGAGUUUCGAAAGCUACCUAGACUCCACCUUUUCAGGCAGCCAUCGCUAAUGCUUACCAUGAUGCUGACAGCCAUUCAACGUUUUAUAUAUAUUUAGUGUUUUUUAAACUUCCGCAACUUCACGUUCAUGUAGUUAUUCCAGUCAAAGCUGCGCUCCAGUUGCGCAGAGCGCCUGAAAACAAUAGCUACAGUGCGCAGAGUCGCGCAGCUUAUGCCCAAACACCAGGAAAGACAAACAAUCAGCGCAUCGAGGAGUAGCAGUGCUGUGAAGACGUGUCAACAGAUCCGAUCACACUCAUGAUUUCACCUGAACUUCAGCCGCUGCCUCCACGAAAGCAUGUGAAAGAGCUCCGAGGAUGAACGCAAUGGAUAUCUGUCUGUGCUCCUGCUGUGUGUUGUAGCAUGUAAAGUCUCUUUGCUUUAUUACUCCUGGAGUUUGCCCCGCUGCCAACGUCUUCCUGCACCAUGACCGGCAAUGAUCGCUCAGGGAAAUCCUCCUUCUGGCCCUCGUUCGGCAGCUUCAGGCCGCGUCAGGAGCGGGUGAUGCUGGCCCGCAGCGAGAGCACGCCGGGAGAGCCGGUCCUGAAGAUCACCAUCACCGAGACCACGGUGAUCGAGGCCGACGCGGGCGUGUGGAACUCCAGGGCUCUGACCUUCCUGGCGCUCUGGUACUUCUUCAGCUUCUGCACGCUCUUCCUCAACAAGUACAUCCUCUCUCUGCUGGAGGGAGAGCCGAGCAUGCUGGGAGCCGUCCAGAUGGUUUCCACGACUAUCAUCGGCUGUGUUAAAAUGUUCGUGCCGUGUCCGCUGUACCAUCACAAGUCCCGCACCGAAUACCCCUCCAACUUCCUCAUGAUCAUGCUGUUCGUGGGACUGAUGAGGUUCACCACUGUGGUGCUGGGUUUGGUCAGUCUGAAGAAUGUGGCCGUGUCGUUCGCCGAGACGGUGAAGAGCUCCGCGCCCAUCUUCACUGUGAUCAUGUCCCGCCUCAUACUGGGAGAAUACACAGGUUUCUGGGUGAACAUGUCUCUGAUUCCUGUGAUGGCGGGUCUGGCGCUCUGCACCGCCACUGAGAUCAGCUUCAACAUGCUGGGCUUCUCCGCCGCGCUCUCCACCAACAUCAUGGACUGCUUACAGAACGUGUUUUCCAAGAAGCUCUUGAGUGGGGACAAGUAUAAGUUCAGUCCUCCAGAGCUGCAGUUUUACACCAGCGCCGCCGCUGUGAUCAUGCUCAUUCCUGCCUGGAUCUUCCUGAUGGAUUUACCCGUGAUCGGGAAGAGUGAACAAAGCUUCAGUCUGUCUCAGGACGUGGUUCUGCUGCUGCUGUUCGACGGCGUCCUGUUCCACGUACAGAGCGUCACGGCGUACGCGCUCAUGGGCCGCAUCUCGCCCGUCACGUUCAGCGUUGCGAGCACGGUGAAACACGCGCUGUCCAUCUGGCUGAGCAUCAUCGUGUUCAGUAACCCCAUCACUGUGGUGUCGGCGGUCGGGACGGUCCUGGUGUUUGUGGGAGUUCUGCUCUACAACAAGGCCAAACAGAUGCAGAGAGACACUCUCGUCCAGCACGCUCUCAACCAAUCGGCCGAAGACGAGCAGAAGCACGCGAUUCACGACGGUGACGUCACGUCUGCCAAAUAACGCCGCGCCGGAUCUGCGUUCCUUGAAACUGAACACUGUUCGCUAGCCGUGGGUCCAAACGCAGGGUAAUCCUGUGAGAAUCGGAAAAUAAUCAAAGCUCAGUGAUGUGGGCGUCAGGUUUCACAGGGAUCAUGCCUUAUAUAACUGUGGUUUUGGGACCCAAUAACUCUGCUUUUGUAGGUUUACUGACAACCAAAAGAGACUUAAAGAAACGUUUAAGUGUUGCAAUAUUGUACUUCGUUUCUACAUGAGUGACUGACUCUCACCAGCAAAUAUCCUGACCCGAAAAUCAAAAAAUAGACGACAAAGCCUGUUUUUAGGGCCAUUAUUUAUGAUUUGUGACAUUUUAUUUUAUUGCUAUUGAUUCAUUGUCACGAAAAUAUUUCAAAUUAGUUUUGCGCAAAAAAAAAAAAAAAAAAAUUAAUUUGAUUUUAUGAUGAAAAAUGACAUGAUGGACAUUCCUCAAGAGAGUAUUUUGCAAAGGCCGAGUUCAUGUACUGGUCACUCAUUUCACAAACCUCACAGGGAAAGACAAGCAGGUUUUGUAUAUUUCUUGUGCACUAAAUGCAAUGAUUGUAGCAAACCACAAUCUUCGUCCAGCCUGUGUUUGAUCUUGUUUAAUUGUGUUUUGUUACAGGAACUGACAGAAUUAUUUCCCUUGUUGUCACUUAUUUUGGAUCUAGGAUUUACUUUUUUGAACCGUUUAAAGAUUGUGCCCAGAAUAUCAGAUGACUUGAAGUUUCCCUGUGUUUUUCUGCCUUACGGAGGUCUUGAGAGGGGUUAUUCCACUUGUUCUCUUUGUCGUUUGUUUGAAUUUUCUCUGUUAUUGUGACUGAACAGCAGAAACCGAUUUGUCGAAUGCUUGAUGAAAUGGCAAGGUUAUGUAUGUCUAACCACUGGUUUAAAAAACUGUGGUGGCUUGAUAUAAAAUGAUGUACUGUACGUUUUGAUAAUGUACAAUAACCACUAAUGGGAAUUGUUUGUAUAAUUUGGUGUUUAUUUGUGCAUUGAAAACAUUUUGAUUCAAAUGAAUUUUGCAUUUCUUUAUUAAAUGUAUACAGUGCAA